CCCAUUAAAAAACCCAAGCCAUAGAUUCGGGUCCGAACCAUACCCGAUUCAAAGACGAUAACCCUAAAAGACAGACAGACAGCCUCUGCCGGCUCAUCUCUUCUUCUCCUCUCUCCAUAGAUUUGCUCUCAGGUCAAUCCUGAAGCCUCCACUCCAAUUUACUCGCUCCGUGGCCUCGACAACUUCAAGUUCUUCUCAUUGUCUUUCUACUGGUACUGUGAAAUAGAAACUCGCAGCUGUUUGAGUACACCACGAAAUUGUAUAAUAUGGCGAUCGAGACCGAUGGAACAAAUGGCUCUCUUAUUUUGCUGAAGCAAGGAGCUGAAGCUAGAAUUUUUGAAUCAGCUUUUGUGGGAAGGAGGUCGAUUAUCAAGGAACGCUUUUCAAAGAAGUAUAGGCAUCCAUCUUUGGAUUUAAAACUUACUCUCAAGCGCUUGAAUGCAGAAGCUAGGUGCAUGACAAAGGCACGCCGACUUGGGGUCUAUACACCAGUAUUGUUUUUUGUGGACCCCGUUUUACAUACCCUCACAUUUGAAUAUGUGGAGGGUCCUUCAGUAAAGGAUGUAUUCCUUGAAUUUGGAGCACAUGGUAUCCGAAAAGAACAGAUGGACGAUAUUGCGAAGCAAAUCGGCGAGGCAAUUGCCAAACUGCAUGAUGGUGGCUUGAUUCAUGGUGAUUUAACCACAUCAAACAUGUUAGUCAAAGAUGCUACCAAUCAACUGGUGCUCAUUGAUUUUGGUUUGAGCUUCACAUCAACACUUCCAGAAGACAAAGCUGUUGAUCUAUACGUAUUAGAGAGAGCUUUGCUCUCUAUGCAUUCUUCGUGUGGGAAUGUGAUGGAUCAGAUACUUGCUGCGUAUAGGAAGUCCUCAAAGCAGUGGUCAUCAACAUUGAAUAAGUUAGCUCAAGUGAGACAGCGAGGUCGAAAGCGCACCAUGGUUGGAUGAGAAGCUCGAAAACCAUCUCAUGUAUGUGGUUUGCUAUUUACAAAAUCUGAUGUUCAAGUCCCCUCUAGAACACUUACAUAGCAAUUGCUGUAGUUUUUUAGUCCCCGAAAAUUGUAGGAUUAGGUGGGUAUUAGGCGAAGAACUUAGUUAAAAAAUGAAGAAGCUAUCUCAUGCAUGUUAGGGUAAGAAUUAUAUAUUAUGUCUCUGCUGGUUGAUGGUUCCUGUAUUGUUACAUCAUCUUGAAUUUUUCACGAGAGGUUUGCAAAUCAAUUUGGUUAUUCUAUUAUUAUUAUUAUAUGUUUGGCAUAUGUUCUUAA